CAUUAACCCACAAUUAUAUAUAUAUUUUAGUUUUGUAACCAUCUAGGAGUGUUAACAUUCCGCUGGAAUCCAGGUCGUUCCUAUACUCAGCAUAAAUACUGUUCAUCGUUGCUGCAUAAAUCACUGGAUUCAAUCGAUUAAUACCGUUAUUUUUAAGAACCUAGCGAUACACUGAGAAAUGUUGAUACAAUGAAACGUAAAAUAACUUCUCAGUGAUUCACUGCCCACUGAGAAUAAGUGUCCAAACUAGGUCAGGUUCGUCAUGAGUGGCAUCCAUGAGGAAUCCGUUGCGCUUCCAAAAUCUCUCCGAAGGUUUCGAAACCCUCACGAACGCCCACCUUACUGGAACGACGAGAACGCAAGCUCCCGCGUCCCUGACAUUUACAAGUGUACCUGUCUUAUAUUUACAACUCACACUUGGUCAGUCGAGCACUUUAACAGCUAAUUACCAUGCGCAUGACCCUCGCUAUGAGAUACUGACCUGCCUUUAG